AUGGAAGAAGAGGACGACGAUUUUUAUGAUCCUGCUGACGCAGUGCCUGUCGCGAAUCCUCAAAAUCCCCCAACGAAUGCCACACCCCAGCAGUCAAAAGAUACCGAGGAGGAAGAAAUUGAAGUUGAAGAAGAUGAAGACGAAUUUAACAUCAUCACGGAGGCUGCCCCUGACGCUCCACCCCCGGAACUCCCACAUCCCCGUCAUGCCAGCCUACGAUCUGAGGCUCAGCGACCCUCAUCCGCAGACUCUGCCAAAUCUGCUACGCCUACGGUGACUCCAAAGGUGGAAUCAGUAACGCCUGUGCCUGUCAGCGCAAGACCCGCCGUGCCACAAAAGCCGGGGUCUGAAUACCCCCCUGUCCACGCGUCAACAAUUGAUGUGAACGCAAACCCGACUCAUCCCACUACUGGAAAGCCCAUACUUUCGACGGAUAUGGAUACGGAUUUCCCCGAGGAUGACAAGCCUUGGCGACGGCCGGGGUCGGAUAUUUCAGACUAUUUCAAUUACGGAUUUGAUGAAUUCACCUGGGCUAGCUACGUAUUAAAGCAACAGGAGCUUCGGCAGGAGGUCGGGGACCAGAAAAAACAACUGGACGAUAUGCAGACCUUCUUAACUAUGGGACUUCCGCCGAUGCCUGGGGGCCCUCAACCAGGAGGACAAGGAGCCGGCCCCGGAAGUGCGCCACCGCCGAUGCCAGGCAUGCCGGGCAUGCCAGAUAUGUCUCCGGAAAUGAUGCAAGGUAUGCUAGGCAGUAUGAUGGCACAAGGUCUGGAUCCCUCAUCUAUGGAUCCUAUGUCAUUCAUGCAGCAUGCUCAGGCUAUGAUGGGCGGACAAUCCGGCGCGGGCGGCGGACAACAAGCUCAACCGGGAUUUGGUGGACAAGGAGGUCAGCCUCAAAUGGGAUUUGGAGGUGGUUAUGGCGGAGGGCGAGGGCGAGGUCGAAGAUGGUAG